UUCCGAAAAGCCAUUACCACGUAUUGGAAAAAUAAAUCUUCCUCACACCACGUUAAAUCGACUAAUGCUGCUUCUAAUGAACCUAUAGUACUUGAUAAUAUCAACCAAAAUCAGCCUACAGUUGAUAGUUCAUCUAAUAAGACCUUUGACAGUAGUGCUAGUAAUGAUAAUUCUAUAUUAUCAUCACUAAACACACAAUUGAAAACAGAAACUGUUGAUUUACGUUUUAAUACAACAAGACAAUUUCUCUAUCUUGUCCAGAAAGGGCGUACAAAUAUGGAGCUUUCGGCUUCAAAUAAAUCAGUAUUUGGAGAAAAUAAAUUUAAAUUAGCUAUUCCAAAUUUUAUAAGAUACGUUAGUAGUAUUAUGCCUACUUUUGGAAUUACAAGUAAAAUUAUUAAUGUAGUAGAAGACAGAAAUCAUUUUCUGCAAGAGAUGGCUAGGUUAAGAAAACAAAUGGCCCAAUAUGUAGGUGAAAAUUUAGACCAUAUUAUCCCUCCGGAACUUUAUCCUAAAAUAGUUCUUGUCACCCAAAAUGAGACCACUCUUUACGCAAAUGAUGGUAUGAAGGAGUAUUGGGGCCCGGCGGGUGAAUAUAGUCUACGGAAAAAAUCACUAGGUCAAAGUAUUCACAUUAGUGAUUUUUUCUGUGAAUCUAUCGGGCGUCUCAAACUUUCAGAACACGAAAGUUAUAUAAAUAACUUACUUCCUGAUUACAUGCAUCUUAAAUAUACCCAUGUAAAAGGUGAAGAUAAAAAACCUCGGCGUAAUGGUACAAAGCCUAAUAGUUCUGUGCAUAUAAUGAACUAUGAAGAUAGUAAUAGUGUAUUAAGACCUAAGAGAAUUAAACAAGUUCUUAAAGAACGAAAUUUAUGGAUACCAGGCCUUUUAAAAAAGUGUAAUAAUUGUAAAAAAAAUAAGCCUGAUCCAAACAACACAAACUGUUGUGCUUCGAAUAUUCUUUUAGCUCAACCUGACUUUGCAGCUCAAAAAUCACGCUUAAGAGAG